UCACUCGAACCGUCCAAUCUAGCCAGUCAAACGACAACUAUCUAGCCAUACAUCAAUCGACCAAGGAUCGAAAAUAUGACGUCUUCCCAAGGAAUUCAGACCCUCUUGGAAGCGGAGAAGGAGGCUGCCAAGGUGGUGCAGAAGGCUCGUCAAUACCGAGUACAGAAGCUGAAAGAUGCUCGUGCGGAGGCUGCUAAGGAGAUCGAGGCUUACCGAGCUCAGAAGGAGAAGGACUUUACCUCGUUCGAAUCCGAGCACAAGUCUCAGACCAAAGACUCUCAGGCUACAAUCGACAAGGACACCGAGAAACAGGUGGAGACGCUCAAGACUGACGUCGAGAAGAACCGUUCGGCCGUCAUCGACAAGAUCCUCGAGCGUGUGAUCCAGAACGACCCCCAGCUGCAUCAAAACCUGACAAAGGUCGAAGCUUGAGUGAACGGAGUGUCAUCGUAGACAGAUCUACGAGGCCGGAACGCGAUGGGAAGAAAGGGAAUCCAUGGGGACAGGGACCGUCGCCGAGACGCUGGGAUCCCCGUCCUUUAAGGGGGCCCCGUUGUAUGCACCAUAUUGUUUUCUGUUUGACAAAUGUUAUCGAUUCCUAUACCACACUUAAUAUGGUUUGGGAU